AUGUUCCGGUUCCGAGUGCGUCGUGAUUCUGAUGCCUACGGCUACGACGACUAUGAUGAAUCCGACAGGGAAUACCCCUAUGAGUAUGACUCAGAUAUCUGCUACGUCAACAGAAGGAGGGACAGAAGAUCGAAAGAAGAUGGUUCCCGUCGCUUUAAAAACUAUUACCAAGGACGUGAGCUCCUUGCUGAAUUUGCCAGUCAGCGUGAGGCCGGGGCAUUCCUUGAUGUGGUGGUACAAGUCGAGAGUAGAGAGUUUCCCUGUCACCGGGCAGUACUGGCAUCCACGCCGUACUUCAAGACCAUGUUGUCGUCCAACCUCUCUGAAAGUAGUUCAAGAGUCAUACAGCUACGUGAGAUUGAUUCUAUAAGCUUUUCCAAGAUCCUGGACUUCCUGUAUACCGGGAAAAUUUGCAUCGGUAAAGAUGACGUCCAGGACAUUCUGAAGACGGCUCAUAUGCUGCAAUUUGACAGGAUUGUGCAGUACUGUCAUACGUUUAUCCAAGACAACCUCUGCUUGUCUAAUUGUCUGGGCGUCAUGAGCCUGGCAGACAUGUAUGGUCUUUCUGUCUUGAAGACGAAAGCAAGGGACAUGGCAGUGUCAAACUUCCCAGAUGUCACACAAGAAGAGGAGUUCCGUAGCCUUUCGGUUCAAGAGCUCGCAGAUAUACUCGGAGACGAGCGUCUGAAAGUCACCAAUGAAGAUGACGUCGUCCAGUCUGUGUUACGAUGGCUCGACCAUGUCCCUGAGAACAGCAAGACAGGAAUCCUAAAGAUUUUGCAAAAGAUCAAUUUAUCGUGCGUGAGGAUCAGCGUGCUACAGAAGCUGGAGUCACACCCUGUGAUACGUGAGUCUGCAGAAUGCCUAGCAAAAAUCACAGCGGCUAAGGUAGAAGGGGAAGAUGCAGGUGUUCCUAGACUCGGGAUAUCGGACAACCUGGCAAUCAUUUCUGCAGCCAAGAAACCGCGUCUUUACAACGUGCACCCCAUCAUUGCAGAGCCUACAUCUGUACAAAGGAUAAUUUGCUUAGACCCAGACUCUGAGCAGUACUACCACAUCACCACCCUACCAACGUCUGUCUCCGGCUACAUGAGCGUGGCAAGUGCAGGGAGACAACUGUACGUGACAGGUGGGCGGGUUCAUCCUCUAGUCGGCCAGGGUCCCCAUUCUGCUCCAUCCAGACAAGCCUUUCGGUACGAUUUCCCUUCGGACACUUGGUUGAGGCUGCCCGACAUGCCUCGCGGCAGGGCAGGGCAUCGAUCUGUUGUCGUUGACGGGAAACUCUUCGUGGUCGGCGGUGAUGCUGAGGCGACCUCUUUGUUGACCAUGGAUUGUUAUGAUCCUGUAAAGGGGGCUUGGAUACAGAUACGUGUGCGCCCGCCAUUGCGCACGUCAUCGAUAUUGACGGUAACAGCCUUCAGGGACAAGAUUGUAUUCAUCGAGAUACAUCGCGAUGACCGUCCGAUCACAGUAAAUUUCGGUUUUGCGUUACUUUUCGGGGCGACUAUGGGCGACUAUGGGCUCUCAGAAAAACUGUGUGUCCAUGCCUUUGGUGUCAAAACCAAAGAUUGGCGGUACACCGAUAUCCAGUUCGAUAUCCGAGGUUUGGUGCGCGUGGAAAUUAUCGCGACUGCUGCCAAUGACAAGCUUUAUAUCCGUACCGGAUGUACACCGUAUGCUAACGUAUACGUCUUCGAUGCCGAAGGGGAGAACCUGAAUAAGGGUGAUAGACGCGAUGUCAAAGAGAAAUUCUUCCGAGCGCAUACUGAGCACAGUUACCACUACAUGACUGGACAGGAGGGCAUCGUGGAUAUCAUUCGCAACUAUGACUUCGGAGCCGACGACUUUAUGGCAGCGACGCGCCUUCCCUUUGCCUUAUUCGGCCACAGCUUCCUCGAAACCAAGAAGAGCCGCCUCGGAUGGUACUUUCGGGACCUUGCAGCACUGGAGAAAGAGGACGAGCGAGAAGGGUCAGACAGUGAGCUUAAUGGAGCUACGAGCUCGAGUGACUACGAGUGA